AUGGCUGAAGAGCAACUGGUGAGAUCAGCUUCGGGAAUUUGGUUGCGAGACUCAACAGCGCCUAGUAAAAGCCCCAACACAGCGCCAUCCUCGAUCGCUGAGUUUGCGCCUUGUGCCAAGAUUGAGAAGUGGAAGAGACCAGAGUCCUGUUGUAGUCAUCUGGCAUCAAAACGAGCAGCUUCCCGGUUCUUCAAGUAUCUACUACGCCUUGGAAUGAGUCCCAGAGGUCCUUAUCGUCUCAUGACUGUCAACACGGCACCAGAUCGUGCCAAACGCGUCAUUGGUGCCAUGGUUGAGAACCUCAAAGAAAGCUACACAAUUGAUUAUGUCGUCAACUCUGAACAUGUUCGCGCUCUAGUAGAGGAAUAUCGUCCUGAUGUCUUGUUUACAACUUCUAUGUGGACUGAAGAGCAGAGUAGGGAGGUAGAAGAGACAGCAAGAAAGAUUAUUCCUAAUAUCAAGUUUCAUGCAAUUCCUUAUGGUCUUCAGGUAGCAAAAGGUCCCGAAGCCAUUGUUGAGUAUCUCACUCAGAAAGUGCCGAUGCUGUUAGAAAGCUGA